AUGGAGCCUCCGGGCGAGGAGCGUCCCGACAGCAACAACAAGGAUGCAAACGAUGAAUUUGAAACCCUCAAGUAUCAACUGCUUGGGCCCUCUUUGACCAAAGCCGGUCAGGAUGCCGUGGAUCAGCGGAAGGUGUCCGAAAUCAUCUACCACGCCUCCAAGGGCUCCAAGUUCUUCAACCACGAGCAGAACCGCGACAAGGUGCUGACGGCAAAGAUCGCGCGCAUUCUGCGCGAGAAGGCGCACCUCGAGACGCUCGACCUCUCGGCCGACCUGCGGCGCGCGGACCAGCUGCUCGCGGAGCUGGAGCUGACGCGGGAUUUAAGCCAGCACGUCGUGCACGUCGACUGCGACGCCUUCUUCGCGGCGGUUGAGGAGCUGGACCACCCGGAGCUGAAGGUGGUGCCCAUGGCCGUCGGCAAGGGCGUGCUGACGACCUGCAACUACGAGGCGCGCAAGUUCGGCGUGCGCAGCGGCAUGGCCUCCUUCGUGGCGAUGAAGCUCUGCCCGCGGCUGGUCUGCCUGCCCAUGAACUACGACAAGUACAGCGCCAAGGCGCGGGAGAUCCGCGCCGUCUUCGCCCGCUACGACCCCCUGUUCGAAAGCGCCAGCAUCGACGAGGCCUACCUUAACCUGACGGCCUACUGCGCGGAGAACGCGGUGGGCGCGGAGGAGACGGUCGAGCGCAUGCGCGCCGAGGUGCUGGCCGAGACCCGGGUCUCGGUCUCGGCGGGCAUCGCGGCCAAUGCCAAGCUGGCCAAGAUCGCCUCAAAUCGGAACAAGCCGAAUGGCCAGUUCUGCGUGCCAAGCGAAGGAGAGGCGAUCAUGGAGUUCAUGCGGGAGCUGCCGGUGCGGAAGGUGAAUGGCGUGGGGCGCGUGUUUGAGCGCGAGCUGGAGGCGAUCGGCAUCAAGACCUGUGGGGAUAUCUUCCCGCAGCGGGCGUAUUUGGCGCGCUUGUUCGGGGAGAAGGCGGCUUACUUCCUCAUGCAGUGCUAUCUGGGCCUGGGGAGGACGAAGAUCCAGCCCGUGGAGAACUAUGAGCGGAAGAGUGUGGGCACGGAGCGCACGUUUCAUGAGUUGGGCGGUAAGGAGGAGCUGCGCGCGAAGUUAUGGUCGGCGGCGGAGGAGCUGGAGAAGGACCUCGCGCGAACAGAGUUCAAAGGCCGCACCCUGGUGUUGAAGGUCAAGCUGGCUACCUUCGAAGUCCUCUCGCGGCAAUGUCAGCCCUCGCGCGCGGUAUCUACCGCCAAGGACCUCUAUGGCUUCUCCCUGCCGAUGCUGGAGAAGCUGGAGAAAGAGAUCCCUGACAUGAAGCUGCGAUUGCUUGGUCUGCGCUGCACCAACCUCGUGAGCACCAAGAAAGUCGGCAUCGAGUUUUUCGGCGUCGCCCCCCGGCCGAAACCAGCUGCGGAGCCGUCUCCCGACAACCACCCCGACCAAGAGAUCGGCGCGGAAGAAGCGUUUGAAAGGGCUGCGCGUCAGGAGUUGCAAGACGAGAUGAACGAGAUUGAGCAGCUCAGCCAGGAGGUCUCUGAAUCAGCAGAUGGCGAAAGCAAGCCUGCUCACAAUACAGCCCCGGAGUAUUGGGAUUGUCCGAUCUGCUUGAAACCGCAGGUGGCCGAUGAUCGGGUCUUCAAUGACCAUGUGGACUACUGUCUCUCUAAGCAGACCAUCAAGGAGGCGGUUCAGGGCGCCACUCAGCAUGUCCGCGAAGAAACACCGCCGGCUGCGUCCAAAUCACGCAAGCGCAAACCAUCCGGACAGGAGUCGCCGGAUCCGCGACAGAAGAAACUGUUCUUUUCUUGACUCGUUCAGCGUGCGUAUGCUGUAAAUGUAUCGUGUUGAGCUCAUGAUGAGGCGCCACGGCACGGGGGUAGAUUGUCUUGUCCGAGUUCGACCUUGAUUCCCCGGCCGGUCCUUGGGAAUUGAAUUCGACCUGUUUACGAUUGCAUUUGGAGUCACCACUUCUUUUUGGAGAGUCAUACACUUUAGACAACCACCUAUACCCCUUUUGGCUUUUUACAUGUACCCGCAACUUUUAAUUGG